UUUAGGUUUAGGUUAAGUUAAGAUCAGUGUAAAAUUAUCAUCGCCUGUAAUCACGCUCUGACAUUAUUAAAAUUAUAUUUUGUCAUUUUCGAUCUGUAUGAAAUGCAGCAUGAUCCCAUAGAUGAGACGUACAGAAAAGCACGCCGAUUAAGAAACACAUCGUUGCAAAAAUAUAUUCGGAUCACGUCGGCCGUUAUAACGCUUAUGUAUGCUGGAGCAAUGUACUAUUCCUAUAGAAAAAAUAUUCUUCCGCAUUUAAACGACGAACAAUAUAAAAUCUCCGAAGACGAUCGUACUUUGCCAUAUGAUUUUAUGACAAGUGCAUUUAUGAAAGGCGUUAUUGAUAAGCUAGAAGAAAGACGAGAAGCUAAAUUGAAAACAGAUACUGAGUCAAAAGAUCAAGUAAAAGAUAUUCAGGCAAAUAAAGAUUAAGUAACAUUAUAUCCAAAGUAUAUAUGAGAAUAAUGGAUGUCGGAAAAAAUAGUUUGCGUAAGCCUAAUAGUCCAAACAGAAGAUUAAGAUUAAAAAAAAAUUAUAUGGAAAGUAUAGAUAAUAAAACUUAUCUUUCUAAUGAUUCCAAUAAUGAAAACAAAAAAAAUGAUACUGCAUGCACAUCUCAAUUUCCAUGUGAUGAUGACAGUAUAUUGGAUUUCAAAUCACCAAAAAGAAAAAAUACUGUGCAAACAAAAAUUAUUCAGAGCAAUAGACUUCUAGAUAAAUCAAAAAAGAAAGUGCUCUGCAGUAAAUCUAAAGUAAUUAACAAUGGGAGAAAACUCGAAGGCAAUAAAUUAUUGAACAAAAAGGUUCAACAUGAUGUACAACAACCAUCAAUUGAGUCAUCCUUUUUUAAAUCUGAAAAAAAAGAGGUAGAUUCACCACAGAGUUCAACUAAUGUGAAAACAGCUUAUGUAUGUCCAUUGUGCUUUAAAAAUUUUAAAGAUGAAAGCUUACAAACCAUACAUAUGAAGAGUUGUGCGAUAAAAAAUAAUGUGACAACAAAAACAUUAAUGAAUGCCAUGGAUCUGCAAGAACGGCAAGCUGCAGAAAGAAAAUCGUUAGGUUUACUCUCUGCUCCUAUAUUACAAGAUAAGAAGAAACCUGUUUCACGUAAAAUGACGUCACACGAUGAUCCCGAUUUACAGCUCGCUUUAGCGCUUUCCAAAUCUCUAUAUGAAAAAGAAGAAAUGGAAGAGUGGGAUGAGGCUCAAAUCGUGGCUAUAUCAUCUAGUUCAUCAUUGCCAGAUAAUAACGCAGAAUAUUCUCAGAAAGCGACGUUACAAAGCUUUGGUUUUACUAGCAGUAAAAAUAUAUCACCAACAAAAAGUUGGCCUACAAAUAAGAUUAAAAAAAAAGGAAAACCUAUCGAACCGACUAUUCUACAAAGACGUACAGCUGCUGAAAAAGAACGUAUUUUAACAGAGAGGAUAGCAGAAAUACUUAUGGCCUAUACAGAUUUUACUCAAAGAUCGCAAGGAGAACAAGCUAACAAUAUCAAAGAAAAAAUUGUUCUAAAAAAUCAACUACUUCAGCGAUUGCAUCAAACUGAAAACAAAUUGUGGGAUAGGACGAGAUUAACUCCAACUCAAAAAGUAUUUUAUGUAAAACAACUAUCGCCUCACAUAACACCAUUAGAAAAGAAAGAGCAGGAAUUAAAUGAAGAGCAGAAUGUUAAAAAGCUUAUGGAACAAAACAUAGAUAACAAAAUUACUUCAAAUGACAAACAAAUAUUAGAAACGAAAGAAAUGAAAGGUAUAAAAGUGGAUAACAAUGAAGAAUUAAUUUCUUCAAAUGCAAUCAAGACAUGUUGCAAAGAAAAGACAUUUCUUAACAUUCUUGCGACAAGCUGGAGAAAUAUGCUAAACGACAGUUCUGCAAGUGAUAUUAUCAUAUUUGUGAAAAAUGCCGGGCACAUUUGGGCACACAAAUUAGUUUUCUAUGCGCGUUGUUCAAAUAUUUUGCUUGAUGUAAUUUCCAACGAUACAGAGUUCUCUACUGCAAAAGAAAAAAUUUGUUGGAUUGAUACAGACUAUGAUGUUGCCUCAGCCUUUUUAGAAUUUAUCUAUUGUGGAGUAAUCAACGAACAUACAAAAAUAUUCAAUUCUGAGACAUCGUUAUCUGAUAUUAGAUUUUUAGCAAGAAAAUACAAAGUAAAUGAUUUAUUUGUUUAUUUACGUCAAAAAGAAUUUAAAUCUAAUAUAACAGGAACCAAACACGAGAUUUGCGGAAAAAGUACAGAAAAUGUAUAUGCAGAUAUGAUAAAGACUUUAAAUGUUUCAAAUACAGGCAAAUCUUCUUUUAAUGCAUCACCGAAUCGUAUAUGUGACUCAGAAAACAUUCAAAGAAUGUUAUCACAAGAGAAUGUUAAUGAUAAUUUACAUCCUCUUGAAGAUAAUUACAUAUCUGUAAAAAACUCUUGUCUUCUGCAAGAUGAAAAACCUACUUUAAUAAGAACAUCAGAGGAUAUAAAUUCCAGAAGUAACACACCCACGAAUUUGGAAAUUUCUAACCCAUCACCUGAUAUGUUCGAUGAUACACCUGAUAUGAUGAUACGUAAAUCCAUAGCACAUUCUAACGAUCACGAAGAUUCUAAUAUUCACAUAUUAUUUAGUUUAAUCAAACAAGAUAAAGAUGUUGAUAUCUGUAGUCAAACAUCAUUAACUGAAAAAAAACAGAGCGCAGAAUAUUUGCAAUUAGGCAAAGAUAUACCCAUCAAUCUGGAUAAUGUGGAAGAAAAUGUAAUGGAGAUUCAUUCAGAUUUUGAGUCGAACUCUCAAAAGCUAUUUAUUGACAAUAAAUACGAAAAUUCUUUAAUCGAUACUCCUCAAAGCAGUAAGCCGAAAUCUAUCCAGGAUUCUUCUUUGAAAUUAACAAAACAGAAAAGUAAUCUUACAUUAUUCAUCGAAGAGAUGGAAAGACAAAAUGCGAAAUUGGAUUCGGAUUUAGCUUCUGAUAUAGAAUAUUCUGUAGAAAUAUCUCCUAUAAAGCAUAAGAAUCCAUUUCAUAUAAAUAGGUACAAUAACUCUGAAGAUUCUCAAUCUUAUAAUGAUAAUAUUGAACAGUCAAUUGAUGCAGAAAAAAAACCUAGUCGAUUAAGCAUAAUAGAGCAGCGUAUGCGAUCGUAUGCCGAUAAGAAUCCGGAAUUUUAUACCCGUCUUUCUAAAAAAGAUGUAGACAUUAAACAAAUUAAUACUUUGCAUAUGGUUCCUACAUUCAAGAUGACAAUGGAAUCUUCGUGUAAUAAUACACAAAGCUUCACUUCAACUGAGAAGGAUGUUAAUAUUUUGGAACAAAUUGCAGUCACUACACCAUUACCAGCAGUAUGUUCACCACAUAUUGAAACAGCGAAUCAAUCGCUUAACGAAACUGUUCUUGAUGUAGAAACGGACGAAGAAGAGGUUUCUAUGUAUUCUAAAUACAUGAAAGAUCACAAAGAGAAUAGUAUAGCAAACUAUCGUGCAGCAAUCAGGAAAACUGGAUUGAAUGAUAGUUUAUCUAACAAAAGUACAUCAUCUGAUUCAAUCAGUAAAAACAGUGAUAUCACCAAUGAUACUGAAAGUGAUGUUCUGGAUAAAUCUGUUUUAACACAGAAAGACGCAAAUAUAAUUGUUUCGGAUACAGAAGUUGAAAACAUAUCUUCUAGUAUUAGCCGUUCUGUCGUUUCGAAAAAAGAUGACUCUGAUCAUGAAGAUAUUAUGCCUUGUUCUACGCAGCAAUCUAAAAGAACAACAGAAUAUGACAAACAAGAUAUAGAAAAUCAAAAAAGUAAUCAAUUGGUCCGAGUUGGACAUAUUCCAAAAGCCCUAAUCAUAGAUUUAGAGGAGGAAAAAGAUUUUAAUAGUUCAACUAAAUCAGAUCGAGAGGGAUUCAAUGCUAGCAAUACAGAUAUGGUAUCUAAUGAUAUAGAUUGUAAUAUGAUUUUCAUGCAGAAAAAGUUCAGAUUUAAUGAAUCGAGUGAUGAUCAAAAGGAAAAAUCUAUUUCGAGCCCGAUUAUGGUACCCUCCAGUCCAGAGUUUUCAGAUGUAGAAAACUUACUCUUAGAUGAACAUUAUGGUGAACUUACAUCAGAAACUGGAGAAUCAAGAAAAUCGGGCAAACUUUCUAUUAAUUUUGAAGAUGAAAUAUAUCUUGCAAACGUUGAUAUUGAUAUGUAUGGGAAGCACGUUUUGGAAAAGAGUCAGUCAACUAGCGUAUUAAAUAUGACAGAAUUGAAAAAGCAUAGUGCACACAGAUGCAAUAAUAAAAAUAAUGAUGAAAAUAUCAGAGUUAACAGUUCAACGGUCAAUAGUGAUGUCAUACCUGUCUGUGAAAAGUUAGAUAGUAAUGCCAUGUUUUUGACACAAAAUUUUGCAAGCAUUAGGAAAUUUAAAAGGAAAUCCUUAUCUGAGGGGCAAAUUAACAUAAAUAGGUAUCAUAAUCAAGAGGCAUCUACACAUGCAUCUGUGCAAUUUAAAUGUAUUUACAAUAAGAACAUAGGAAAUACGAAAACUGCACUCAAAAUUAUUGAAAAAGAUGUUACACCUCCGCCUGAUUACAUUGGCAUGAAAACUCCCCAAUUACAUGAAGAAAUGAAGAAAUACGGAUUAAAGGUACAAAAACGUGACAGGGCUGUGAAAUUGUUAACGCACAUUUAUAAUGAACUUCACCCUUUAGUGCCUAUAGCUGAAAUAACAUCAAUGCAGGAAGUCACUGAAAUUUCAAGCGAUGAAGAUGAGGGUCCACCGUCGAAAAAACGAAAUGUGGAUAAUAAUAGUUUGGAAAAAUUAUGUGAUGUAGAAGACAAUGAUGACAAAUUACUUUAUUCCCAAAAUAGUGAUAGCGAUAUAAGUUCUGGAAAAGAUCCAAUCGACAAAGAAAUGGAACUUUCUGAAACUGAGUCAUUACUGGAAAAUCCAUCCAACAUUCUAGAAGCCUUUACGGGAUUGCUUGAUGUUGAUAAAGAUUUACAUAAUAAAAUAUUGCAAUAUGAACCUGUAAAUAUUAAAGAGUUGCAUCAUACAUUGCGGACACACGGAUUUAAAUGCAAGCUUUCUAAUCUUAUGAAUUUCUUGGAUGAGCAGUGUAUUACAUUUUAUAUGCCAGAACAAAGUGCCAGGACACGCAAGAGAAAAAAUAGUUCUAUAUAAGCAACAUACGUUUAAAAAAACUUAUAUUCAUAAUUUCUUUAUAUUAUAAAUAUUUUUGAGUAAAGAAUUUUGUAUAUCAUAACUAAACUUUAUUGUUAUAAUAUAUAAUUGAGAUAAAAAAUGCACAACAUAUGCAUAUAUAUGAUAAUUUUGAAAAAUGUAUGUAUAUAUAAUCAAUUUGUUCAAUAAAAUAUUUCAUUGUA